AUUACGUUAAAAGGGCGGGAUCACCGUGUCUCGAGAGGGGAUUCGUUGCCUGGCUUCUUAAGGGAAGCUCGCAAAGGAUCGCGGGAUAGCUUCUGACGUCAUCGAGGAACAAACAACGAUCGAAGAUCGAAGAAUCCGUGUGGCAAGGGAGAGAUAUUACAUCUUGGAGGGUUGAAAGGCUGGGGACAAAGGGCUGUCUAGAAGUCGACAGUCUAGAAGUUGGAAAGGGGGAGAAAAGGGAUCCCCAUCGAUCUCGAGAAGGAGGAGGAGAGAAAGACGAAAACACGGAUUUCAACGGAGAGUAUUCGAAUUACUGUCGAAUCUACUCAAUCUGGUUACUGUCGGCCCGAGUCUACUCGAGUAACUGUGAUCCUAUGUCCCGUCUGUCGUCCGAUUUUUAUUGAGGUUAUCGUCCAACACCCUUUGAUCGUUGGCACUCGCUGUUAUAUUUGGAAAGUAACGCGCGCAAGCAUUUGUGAGCUCCUUACGGAGACAGUUCUCGGGCAAGAUGAUAACAAAUGCCAGGAUCGCGAUGAACGUCCGGUUGCACCUGGUCGACUGAUCGUCAAAGACAAAUCGAGAAAGGGCGAGGGGAGGCUUUUUGCACCAGCGGGAUUGAAAAAAACGAUGUACGAGAGGAGCAAGUGAGAAUUCCUUUUUUGCGUGUUCCCCCCCUUUUUUUUCGGUGAUCUCUAUCAGAGAAGAUGUGCCUGCGACACUUGCUACUCUGCCUGCUGGGUGUCAUCGUCAUCGUGAACGAAUCCGAGGCCAGUUGGGACGAAUGGUGGACCUACGACGGAAUUUCAGGACCUGCGUUUUGGGGACUGAUAAACCCCCAAUGGUCUUUGUGCAGCAAAGGAAGGAGACAGAGCCCUAUCAACAUCGAGCCUGACAAGCUUCUCUUCGACCGCCACUUGAGACCCGUGUUGGUCGACAAACACAAGGUUUCCGGCCAUUUGUACAACACCGGCCAGUUCCUGGUGUUCAGAGCCGAUCGGGAGGCGAAGGUGCGGGUCAAUAUAACGGGUGGGCCGUUGGCUUAUCACUAUCAAUUCGAGGAGAUCUACAUACACUAUGGGAUGGAUAACGAUCAUGGAUCGGAGCAUCGCAUUAAUAACUACGCUUUCCCCGCCGAGUUCAACGAUCACACAGAACUCCCGACAGACAUUUUCUCCCAAGGCAGCAAUCGACGCAAACGGAGAAAUAGCAACGAAGUGACGCGGUUGAACGAGAUACAAGUGUACGGGUACAACGCGGAAUUGUAUCACAAUAUGAGCGAGGCGCAGCACAAGAGUCAGGGGCUGGUGGCGAUCUCGUUGAUGGUGCAGCUUGGAGAGACGUUAAAUCCUGAACUGCAGAUCAUAACCAGCGUGUUCAACAAAGUUAUAUAUCGAGCUUUACGCACUAAGGAAACUAAUGCAAGGGCCGCCGACCACCCCGAAAGCGCCCCUGGGAAACAAUUCGAGGCCGUUACAGGAUCUUCAUUACAGGACUAUACGGACGAACAUCGAUUUUCGCAAGAGACCUGAUGCGAAGUGUCCAUCGAUGGCCCAGGACAUGCAUUAUAGAGCGAACACGUGGCAGGACGAUGGCUCCCUCUCGCACAACGUCGUCUGAAUCGCGGCCUCCAACGCAAGACCAGAGACAUUUUCGGCUUUCAACGCGACAGGUUCACGCGGAUAUUUUCCUAAAACCGUUGUGCAUAAGCUUGACAUGGUCACGACAAAACUUCAGGGGACUCGAUUCGUCCAAUUGCAGACAAUUCCAAUUCGAUCUUGCGAAUCGUCGUGAGAGACGACUAAGAUCGGAGGAUAAUAGGAUUAAGAAAAUUCUAAUUAAUUACACAUUGUCCCGAAUUUCGAGUUCUCAAAAUUCUGUUUCGUUGUGAUUUCGAAAAUUGAGAUAAAUCGAUAG